UCCCAGGCAUUCACAUUCACUCCCCACUUUCUUACUGACUCUCUCAGAGCAACUUCCAGUCCUGCAAGCUCCAUUCAAGGAAUAUGAAAACUCCGAAGGAGACACAGAGAUGAAUAUGGUCCUCCCAAGGCAGCCAACUAAAGAGGAAGUCCAUCAGCUCUUGGGGUGGAAGCCCAUGUGUAGCUCUUUGGUUUCCUUCUAAAACUAUGCCAGGGGUGGAGAAGAGAAAUGGAAAGCAGGACAGGAUAGAGACAUGUGAUAUUAAAAACUAAGCUUAGAAGAUUGCCUUUGUUCUACAUGUGUUGCAUAUUGAAUUAUACCUGAUCUUCAAAACAACCAAUAAGGUUCUUGAGAUUAAAGUCAGAAUUUCCUGUGCUGGGCUGCCUAGGUAACGAGGUGCUGUGGUUGUUGGAGGGGUUAAAGUUGGAGCUCAUGAUGCAUAUAUAUUUGGGAGGAUUCAUAAAAACACGACAGCGGAGCUUGGGUCAAUCCAUUACUGUGGAUGAGCAGUGACCAAUAGAAAGGGAAGAAGAAGAUCCAAGAAAACUGAGCAAACUUCAGAUCCAGACACAGGACUCAACGGUAUAUUCCUGGACAGUAAGGUACUAUAAUGGCAGCCACAGUCUGUUUCAUCAUCUGGAUGGUAUUCGUGACAGAUUCUGUCUGGACCCGAACUGUGAGACAGGUCUAUGAGAUACAUGAUCCAGAGGACUGGAAUGACCAAGACUUCGAUUGUCCUCGGGAAUGUUUCUGUCCCCCCAGCUUCCCUACUGCUUUAUACUGUGAAAAUCGCGGUCUCAAAGAAAUCCCUGCUAUUCCUUCAAGGAUCUGGUAUCUUUAUCUGGAAAACAACCUGAUAGAAACCAUUCCUGAGAAGCCAUUCGAGAAUGCUACCCAGCUGAGAUGGAUCAAUCUAAACAAGAACAAAAUAACUAACUAUGGAAUUGAAAAAGGAGCCCUGAGCCAACUAAAGAAACUGCUUUUCUUAUUUCUGGAAGAUAAUGAGCUAGAGGAGGUACCUUCUCCAUUGCCAAGAAGUUUAGAACAGUUACAAUUAGCGAGAAACAAGGUGUCCAGAAUUCCUCAAGGAACCUUCAGCAAUCUGGAGAACCUGACCCUUCUUGACCUGCAGCACAAUAAACUAUUAGACAAUGCCUUUCAAAGAGACACCUUUAAGGGACUUAAGAACCUCAUGCAGUUAAACAUGGCCAAGAACGCCCUCAGGAACAUGCCACCAAGAUUACCAGCCAAUACAAUGCAACUGUUUUUAGACAAUAAUUCCAUUGAAGGAAUACCAGAGAAUUAUUUUAAUGUAAUUCCGAAAGUGGCCUUCCUGAGACUAAACCACAACAAAUUAUCAGAUGCAGGUCUCCCUGCAAGUGGUUUUGAUGUAUCAUCAAUUCUAGAUCUUCAACUGUCUCACAACCAACUCACAAAGGUGCCCCGGAUCAAUGCUCAUCUGCAGCAUCUUCACCUGGAUCAUAACAAAAUUAAAAAUGUGAACGUCUCUGUAAUAUGUCCUACCCCUUCCAUACUGCCUGCAGAACAAGAUUCCUUCAGUUAUGGACCUCACCUGAGCUACCUCCGUCUGGACGGAAAUGAAAUCAAACUACCAAUCCCAAUGGAUUUAAUGACCUGCUUCAGGCUCCUUCAGACUCUCAUUAUUUAAACACAUCUUCAACAAUCUAAAACUGGUUCAAUAAGCUAAUAUCUCUGGUAUGAAAUUUGGAUACCAUUCAGAGGUUUAAGACAAAAGUCAUAUUCCCAAUUCCUCUUAGUCACCCUUUUUAUUUGUGCAGCUAGUUUUUUCUAUUCAAAGAUGCUUUCAUCAAUGAUAUAUAAACAACCUACUUUAAAAAAAUAAAACAGACACAGAGUGAAGAUAGUUUAUCAACUCAAAGAUAGUUAUUUUUUGUCUCUUUCACAGUUUAUAAAUACCAAAUAACGCAAUUGCAUUGUUAUGCCCUAGAAAGGACAUGUUUGUUUGCAUAUGUUCAAAAUAGCUUCUGCAGAUACUAUAUUUGCAGUAUAAAUACAGCAACCUAACAAGAGGUAGGAAGAUCUGAAGAAAAUUUUAAAACGAGAUAUUUCUUUAUCAUAAUUAUAAAGAAAUAAUUAAAUCCAGAUAAAUAGCUAAGUAGCUUCUGUAGGUGUAAGUUUAGUAUUUCCCUCAAGAAUGGGUAUUAAAUGCAUCAAAUACUUCACAACAAGAGUACUUUAGUCAUUUAAUACCAAAUAACAGGGCAACAGCCAUUUUUAGUUUCCUACUAUUUUCUAUAGAUGCUGUUCUUAGAUAUAGUACAGUGUAUUUCAGCAAUUAAAGUCCUAAGUUUUGCAUUUAUUAUAACACAUUUCUGAUAGAAUCUUAAGUGUUUUAACAUUUGAAAUCCACUUGAAUUGCAGUGUUCAACUCAUAUAUUUGUCAGUGUUUUUUCGGAUAUUUUUAAAUAAAAAGAGUGAAUGCUUUUUAACAAAACAAAAGUAAAAUAUUUAUUUCAGGGGCAUUACUCACAAGUUUUAUUAAGAGUGUAUUUUAAUUGAAAGUGUCAUACUAAAAAUUAUUUCCAUUUCUCUAGCAUGAAUAUAUGC